AUGAACGUCAUCCAGAAUCUGCUGUCUGCAGUCUCUCCGCAGCCUGAUGGAGAUUUUGUUGAUAAGCUCAACUACUGUGCAACCACUAUCGGAUUGGUUCUUGCUUCUGCUUUCAUCACUGGAUGGAGUUUCGUAGGAAGCCCAAUCGACUGCUGGUUCCCAGCAUACUAUAAAGGAUGGUGGGCAGAAUAUGCAUUAGACUACUGUUACGUACAGAACACGUUUUUUGUCCCGUUCUCCGAGGACAAAUCAGAGCGUAGCUAUAACUGGGAGCAGUUGGUGGCUGAUAAGCAGAACACAACAUCCCUGAAACAGACCAAUCAAAUCGGGUACUAUCAGUGGGUGCCAUUCAUUUUGGCUCUUCAAGCCAUGCUUUUCUACUUUCCAGUUGUCAUCUGGAGACUUUUCUAUGGAAUGGCUGGACAAAACGUCACUUCACUCUGUAAUACUUGCACAGCCACCGAAGGAAACGAAGAAUCCAGAAAGGGAACAAUCUCCACAAUUGCUGGAUAUAUCAGCCAAAAGAGAAAUAGAAAUUUGGUUGUGAAACAACUCUCAGGAUUCCAAAAUCGUGCCAAUGGAUCUGCAGUUCUCACUUCUUACUUGUUCAUGAAAGGAAUGUUCCUUAUUAAUGUUCUUCUCCAAUUCUUCCUCUUGAAACGUAUGCUCGGAGUGGAUUCCUACUUCUGGGGAGCCGAAGUGACCGCCGAUUUGUGGGCUGGAAAUGAAUGGCCAGAAACUGGAAACUUCCCAAGAGUCACUAUGUGUGAAUAUGAAGUCAGAAAUUUGGAUAACAUUCACAAGCAUUCGGUUCAAUGCGUUCUUAUGAUCAAUAUGUUCAAUGAGAAGAUUUUUGUCGCUUUGUGGUGGUGGUUGUGCUUCUUGAUGGUUGUAACUAUCGUCAAUACGAUCUACUGGUUUAUCAAAGCUUCUGGAACAUCCGUAUCCAAGAAAUUCAUCCAGCCAUAUGUGGAAGAUAUUGACCCGAAAGUGAAGAACAAUCGCGGUAAACUUCAACAAUUUGUUUCCGAAUUCCUCUCGCCAGAUACCGUAUUCCUUCUCCGAAUAAUCGAACUAAACAACGGAAAAACUCCAGUGAUGGAAUUGAUUCGUGAUAUGUGGAGAAGAUUCAACACCCAAGUGCCUCCUCCAUAUUCUGCUCCACCUCUUCUAGUGAAAGACGCAGCACCGCUUCUCAAAAACUUCCAGGACGAGUCAGACAUGUAA